GAAUAUAAGACAUGCAACCCAGAGAGCUGCCCGGAGGUGCGCAGAAACACACCCUGGACCCCUUGGAUGCCUGUCAAUAUCACCCAGAAUGGUGCCCGCCAGGAGCAGCGCUUCCGCUACACAUGUCGUGCCCAGCUGUCUGAUCCCCACGAGCUGCAAUUUGGGAGGAAGAAAACCGAGAGUCGAUUCUGCCCCAAUGAUGGCUCAGCAGUGUGUGAUACUGACUCUCUUGUCGAUGGCCUUCUCAAGACUGGUAAGACCUCUGCACGGAUUAUCAAUGGGGGCUGGUCCUUUUGGGGUGCCUGGUCUUCCUGUUCCAGGGACUGUGAGCUGGGCUUUAGGAUCAGGAAGAGAACAUGCACAAACCCUGAACCUAAAAAUGGUGGCUUGCCCUGUGUGGGGUCAGCGAUGGAGUACCAAGACUGCAAUCCGCAUCCCUGCCCAGUGAAAGGCUCAUGGUCUUGCUGGACUCCUUGGUCUCACUGCUCAGCCACCUGUGGAGGAGGACACUACCAACGCACACGGACUUGCACCAAUCCAGCUCCGUCUAGUGGAGAGGAUAUCUGCAUUGGUCUGCAUACCGAGGAGGCUCUUUGCAACACACACCCGUGUGAAGGUGGCUGGUCAGAGUGGUCAGAAUGGAGCCUGUGUAAUGAAGAGGGCAUCCAAUACCGCAGUCGUUACUGCGAGGUACACAGCCCAGAUUCUUCUCAGUGCGUCGGAAACAGCACACAGUACCAGGAUUGCCUGUAUAAUGAAAUUCCUGUGAUCCUGCCAGCCUCCAGCAUUGAUGAAAGCACGAACUGUGGAGGUUUUAGUCUUAUCCAUCUGAUUGCCACUGGGGUCUCCUGUUUCUUCGGCUCUAGCCUCUUAACCUUUGUGAUUUACGUGUACUGCCAGCGCUGUCAGAGGCAGUCCCAGGAGUCAACCGUUAUCCACCCCACCACUCCUAACCACCUUCAUUACAAGGGCAACACAACCCCCAAGAAUGAGAAGUACACCCCUAUGGAGUUCAAG